AUGCCUCUCUUCAGUUCCCCGACUUCCUACCGCCUCAAUGCCUUUGCCACCGGAGAUGUUGGCCCUUCUAUCGCAGAUCGAGCCGUUAACUUCGGCCUGGGAAUCGUGAAGAGGGCGAAUAACCAUGAGUCCCAUCCUUCCCUCGGCCACCUCAUCCUCCUGGUGUUCGAGGCCGUGAUGGAGGUCGUCUGUGUUAGUCUCCCCGGCUACAUCAUCGCCAGGCAGGGCAUGUUCGAUCAGGAUAAACAGAAAUUCGUCGCCAACCUGAAUGUGGCUUUAUUCACACCUUGUCUGAUCUUCACGAAAUUGGCCUCGCAGUUGACUGCAGGUAAGCUAUUGGAAUUGGCUGUGAUCCCAGUAAUAUUCGUCGUCCAAACCGCUGUCUCGUACUUCGUCUCGGUCAUGGUCUCGAGGGCAUUUGGGUUUGGGAAGAGGCCUGCCAAUUUUGUCACUGCUAUGGGGGUCUUCGGAAACUCGAACUCGCUCCCCAUCUCACUCGUCAUUUCUUUAUCACAAACAUUGAAGGGAUUACAUUGGGACAAGAUACCAGGGGACAAUGAUGACGAGGUUGCCGCCCGCGGGAUCCUUUAUUUGUUGAUCUUCCAACAGCUAGGGCAGCUGGUGAGAUGGAGCUGGGGAUACCACGUUCUGCUCGCCCCUCCCGAAAGUUACGCAACCAGCGCUGCAUCUAUUGAAGAAGCGCGAUCUAUCGAAGAAGAGCGAUAUCAAGACGAGCCUGAACUCAUCCCCGGUCUUGAUGGAGAGACUCGGGACGAGCCAGAGUCAGUUGAGUGGGGUGGCAGAACACCCGUCACCAGUGCUCAAUAUGCUGCAUCUUUCUCAGAUGAGGCUGGCCAGACUGAACCAGGAAAAGCCCAUGGCUUACUAGCGAGCGGGGACGGUUUCCCGAACGACUACCCAAAUGGCAACAUCACCUCCUUCCCGAGCAUAGGCACUCCUACACCGGAUGAACUAGAACUGCCUACCGGAUUCAAGGGCGUGCUCCCUAGAGCACGCUUCCACACCAAGCAGGGUGUAUCGUAUAGUUCGCAUAAACUUACCAAGAUCGCCCAGAAGGCCUUCCAUGCACUUCCCCUUACCCUGCAAAACUUCCUAACAAGGAUCUCCAACGUCCUCGGUCGCUUCUUCCAUGGCAUGUGGGAGUUUAUGAACCCUCCCCUUUGGGCCAUGUUAAUGGCCGUGAUCGUAGCCUCGAUUCCUAGUCUCCAACGCCUGUUCUUCAAAGAAGGCUCCUUCAUCGCCAACUCGGUAACUCGAGCUGUCUCACAAUCCGGCGGCGUAGCGGUCCCUCUAAUCCUAGUGGUUCUGGGCGCAAACCUCGCCCGCAAUACCCUCCCUCAGGAAGCUCACGAUGAAAAUUCCGAGGAGAACCAAAUCGGCAAGAAAUUGCUCGUGGCAUCCUUGAUGUCACGGAUGCUCCUGCCGACACUUAUAAUGGCGCCUCUAUUGGCGUUGGCGGCGAAAUUCGUGCCUGUGAGCAUAUUGGAUGAUCCGAUUUUCGUCAUCGUCUGCUUCCUGUUGACGGGUGCCCCAAGUGCGUUGCAACUGGCACAGAUAUGUCAGAUCAAUGGGGUUUACGAAGGUGUGAUGAGUAAAUUGCUGUUCCAGAGCUACGUUAUCUGGAUCCUCCCAUCAACACUCAUCCUCGUUAUGUGCGCCCUGGAAGUCGUCGAGUGGGCUAGUGCGUAG